AUGUCCUUAACACCACAGAAACUCCAACCCUACUUACUCCCCUCCUCCUCCCCAUCAUUGCGCUCCCUAUCUAAUCAAACCAUCGCCAUCCUCUCCAUCGGCAGUAUCGUCUUCAUCAACGUCACGCUCGCCGCCUAUCGCGACUACAAAAUCUACCUCAGUUACGGCCCCGGUGGUCUCCCAUACAAUAUCCGCGGCUGGUUCAUUUCCAGCUGCAUUCUACGACUUUGCGGUACAGAAGUCUUCAGUACAGAUCUUAUGAUCAGAAUCCAGAUAAGAGGAAAUGGUUAUCGUCCAAGUGGCCGCCAUAUGAGCGGGGGCAGAGGCCACGAUUGGGACCGCAUCCGUUGUCGCAGAGGCAGUUGGAUCAGCUUCCGGAGGAAGGGUCUCCUCAAAUCCGAAUUCAACAAUCUCGUCACCUCCAACCCAUCCAUAAUCCAAUUCCGCCCCUCUCUCCAUGAAGGCCAUACACAAAGCAUCUUCCUAGCAGAUGACGUACCCGGCGCCCCCGUCGCGAAGGAAAUGCUGCGCGAAGUCUCCAAUAUCCACGCCACGGGCGAUUAUUCCGUACAUGUGGUUCUGGCGCCACAGGAUUGUAAGAGGGUUAUUGAGUCGGGUUGGGGUCAGCGCCAUCCGUUGGAUGGGGUCAAGUUGGCAAAGUACGUUGUUGGAUGGACGGUUCCGAAGGAGUAUGUCUUGCUUUAUGCGCCUAGGACGGAGGAGGAAACGAGGGUUAUUAUGCAAGUGGUGAGAGCGUCGGUGGGGUAUAUGGCUGAUACCUUCGAGACUGCUUGACUGCACGUCAGGAGCAGCAACUACGAGAGAAAAAUCGGGGAUUGGACCCAAUAACCCCAGUCCCUUGUCAACAAUGUGGAUAAUGUCCUCUAGACUAUUAUAGAGCCUUUCAUUGGCGCGAACCUUUCGUCUUUGAUUUGUUACAUAUAUUUUUAUUAUCCCAACUUUACUAUAGAAGUUUGAGAUCCAUAUCUCUUGCCCAUACCAGAUUGUGGGAGAUAAAUAUGCCCAAUCAAGACCUUAAGCGACUUUCAUCUACCCCUGGGAAAUAUCAUAAUCAACAAGACCCUGCAAGUCCUCCCUCGCACUGCCUAUCAUUUCAACCGUGACUCACUGACUUCGGCUAGCCUCGGAAGUAGAGGAACAGGAUAUAUAAACAGAGGUUCAGGGUCCAGUUUAUGGCUAAGGCAUAAUUCAGCCAGUUAUUCGGAGAGAAUAAGAGGAAAGAGGUGUAUACUGACAAUGAGUACUUCUGGUUGUU